CGAAGUGAAGGGAUUUUUCGAUAAAUAAUAGAUGUUCAAGUAGUGCCGACGCCACACAUAAAAAAAGAAGCAGACGCAAAUUGCAAAAAAAGGCGAAGAGAGUGGAAAGAGGAGGAACGAUAGAGUGAAAGAAGAAGAAGAGGCAAAGCGAAGAACGCGCGGCAAAUGCUGACAAUAAAAACUAGAAAGAAAAAAAAGCUAACUUUUUGCAGGGUGAAUAAACCAGUAACGCCAUCAAAUCGCAUUUCUUGCAGAUCUUUGAAGUGCUGGGCGGACAAACAGCCGGUUACCUAUGGGAAAGAAAAACCCCAACGCCCGACACACAGAUGCCGCAACACCUUUGACCACAGACGACUCCAACUUGUCAUCCGAAUUAAAAUCGGAAGCCGAUACUGAAUCCAGUGAGCCAACAAACAAGCAGUCGAAACCUCACGAAGAUGUCAAGGCAUCGUCCAAGAAAAACAGGACCAACAGCCCCAGCGAUUCCGAUACGGCAGUAGGCAGCAGUCCGCCAAACGAGGAGGAGGAACCUGUCUGCAAAAUUCGCAUUGUGCCGCUGGAAAAGCUGCUGGCCAGUCCUAAAACCAAGGAGAAGCCAUCUCGCAGGAGUCUUCAAAGUACCGUUACCACUAUAGAUUCCAGCGAUAGCGAGGAGCCUCCAAAAACCAAAAGAUCUGUGUUGCCCGCUCGCAAAAGCCGCAACAAGAACGCUUCGAUCAUAGAACUUAGCGACAGCGAGGAGGAAGAGGACGAGGCGCCUCUUUGUUUGCCUAAUCCUUUGCACAAAAAGGCGGAGGCAACCAAGAAAGCCAUUAAUAACCACCUAAAUAAUCUACAAAAAGCCAGCACAUCCAGCCGGUCACUUAAAGAGGCCACCAGAAACGGGAACGGCAGGCGACGGGAAUCUCUGAGCAGCGAUAAAUCCUCUAAAGCCAGCUCAUCACGAGCAGCAACACCGCCGAAACCCAAACGCUGUGUGGUGCGCUUGAAGCGUGUCAGUCUGACAGUCAAGCCAAAGCCCGCCCAGAAGCCGAAGAAAAUGAGCACGGACUCGGAGGAGGCGGCUACAACCUCGAAGAAGGGCAGACAGCGGCAAUCCAAAAGCGAAAGCGAGGCGGACUCGGACUAUGAAGCUCAAGCCGCUGAGGAAGAGGAAAGAAAGUCCUCCGAGGAUGAGGCAGAGGAGGAGGCGGCCAACAGCAGUGAUAGCGAGGUGAUGCCGCAGCGCAAGCGACGCCGAAAGAAGAGCGACUCCGACAAAGGUUCCUCCGACUUUGAGCCGGAGGAGAAGGGAAAGAAAAAGCGCAAGCGGAUCAAAAAGAACUCCAGCGGCGAGAGCGAUGGCGACGACGAUAAGCAGAAGAACAAGCGCAAGCACAUACGCAAGAUCAUUAAAACCAAGGACUUGGAUCUGACGACCAAGGAGGCGGCCAAAGAGGAGGACGACCGAAGAAAGCGGAUCGAGGAUCGCCAAAAGCUCUACAACCGCAUCUUUGUGAAGUCCGAGAGCGUGGAGAUUAACGAGCUGGUGCUAGACUUCGACGAGGAUUCCAAAAAGGCCCUGCUGCAGGUGGACAAGGGACUGCUAAAGAAGCUUAAGCCGCAUCAGGUGGCGGGCGUGAAGUUCAUGUGGGACGCCUGCUUUGAGACGCUCAAGGAGAGCCAGGAGAAGCCCGGCUCGGGCUGCAUCCUGGCCCACUGUAUGGGCCUGGGCAAAACCCUACAGGUAGUCACUCUGUCGCACACGCUGCUGAUCAACACAAGGCGCACUGGAGUGGACCGCGUCCUGGUCAUUUCGCCCCUGAGCACAGUGAACAACUGGGCGCGGGAGUUCACCAGCUGGAUGAAGUUUGCCAACCGCAACGACAUCGAGGUGUACGAUAUCUCACGCUACAAGGACAAGCCGACGCGCAUCUUUAAGCUCAACGAAUGGUUUAACGAAGGCGGCGUCUGCAUCCUCGGCUACGACAUGUACCGCAUUCUGGCCAACGAGAAGGCCAAAGGGCUGCGCAAGAAACAGCGCGAGCAGCUCAUGCAGGCCCUGGUCGAUCCCGGUCCGGAUUUGGUCGUCUGCGACGAGGGACACCUGCUCAAGAACGAGAAGACCUCCAUCAGCAAGGCGGUCACCAGGAUGCGCACCAAGCGCCGGAUUGUCCUCACCGGCACCCCCCUUCAAAAUAAUCUCAGAGAAUAUUACUGCAUGAUUCAGUUUGUCAAGCCGAAUCUGUUGGGAACGUACAAGGAGUAUAUGAACCGCUUCGUCAACCCGAUCACCAACGGUCAGUACACGGACUCCACGGAUCGGGAUCUGCGUCUGAUGAAGCACCGCUCGCACAUUCUGCACAAAUUGCUCGAGGGCUGCAUCCAGCGGCGGGACUACUCGGUUCUGGCGCCCUACCUGCCGCCGAAACAUGAGUACGUGGUCUACACGACGCUGUCGGAGCUGCAGCAGAAGCUCUAUGGCUACUACAUGACCACCCACCGGGAGCAGUCCGGCUCGGAUGUGUGCGGCAAGGGGGCCCGACUGUUCCAGGACUUUCAGGACUUGCGGCGCAUCUGGACGCAUCCGAUGAACCUGCGGGUGAAUAGUGACAACGUGAUUGCCAAACGACUGCUCAGCAACGAUGACUCCGAUAUGGAGGGCUUCAUCUGCGACGAGACCGACGAGGAGGAGGCUGCCUCCAACUCCUCGGACAGCUGCGACUCCUUCAAGUCGGACGCCAGUAUGUCGGGACUGGCAGCCGCAUCGGGAAAGGUGAAAAAGCGCAAGACCCGUAAUGGCACCGCUGCCGGCAACGACAGCGAUUCAGAUCUGGAGCUGCUGGGCGGUCUAAGUGGUGGACCCAGUGUCCAGAAGGACGAUCCUUCGGAGUGGUGGAAGCCCUUCGUCGAGGAGCGAGAGCUGAACAACGUGCACCAUUCCCCCAAGUUGCUUAUUCUUUUGCGGCUGCUGCAGCAGUGCGAGGCCAUUGGUGACAAGCUGCUCGUCUUCUCGCAAUCCUUGCAGUCCCUGGAUGUCAUCGAGCACUUCCUGUCAUUGGUGGACAGCAACACUAAAAACUACGAGUUCGAAGGCGAUGUUGGCGACUUCAAGGGCUGCUGGACGAACGGCAAGGACUAUUUCCGAUUGGAUGGCAGCUGCAGCGUGGAGCAGCGCGAGGCGAUGUGCAAGCAGUUCAACAACGUGACCAAUCUGCGCGCCCGCCUGUUUCUUAUCUCCACACGGGCCGGUGGCCUGGGCAUCAAUCUGGUGGCGGCCAACCGCGUGGUCAUCUUCGAUGUCUCCUGGAAUCCCUCGCACGAUACGCAAAGUAUAUUCCGUGUGUACCGCUUUGGGCAGAUUAAGCCGUGCUACAUCUACCGCCUGAUUGCCAUGGGCACCAUGGAGCAGAAGGUUUACGAGCGCCAGGUGGCCAAGCAGGCCACUGCAAAGCGUGUGAUCGAUGAGCAGCAGAUCUCGCGCCACUACAACCAGACGGACCUUAUGGAGUUGUACUCCUACGAGCUGACACCCAGCAGCGAGCGGGAGAUGCCCAUCCUGCCAAAGGAUCGACUUUUCGCCGAGAUUCUCACUGAGCACGACAAGCUGAUCUUCAAGUACCACGAGCACGAUUCGCUGCUGGAGCAGGAGGAGCACGAGAAUCUGUCCGAGGAGGAGCGGAAGUCGGCUUGGGCUGAAUACGAGGCGGAGAAGACGCGAACGGUACAGGCCUCACAGUACAUGAGCUACGACAGGAACGCCUUUGGCAACCAGGUGAUGGGACAGUUCGGCAACGCCUCAGGCAGCGUGACCUCCAACAAGAUCUUCGGCUUCCGGUCGGACAUUCUGCUGCAGCUGCUGAACAUGAAGAUCUGCAAGGACCAUCAGGAGCUCAAUCAGAACCAGGUCAUUCAGCUGGUGCCCACCUAUCUGCAGCAGCUGUACAACGAGAUGAACAACAGCGAUCCGACCAUGUACAAGGAACUACUAAGCCUGCACGCGAACAUUGUCCAUCCCAGCGGGAUGUAUAUGAAUCCGCUGCUCUAUGCCAACCAGAAUCCCAACGCGGCUGGCUACAAUCAGGGCAGCGGCGGUCCGAUGGGGGCGGCUGGAUCGACGGCCCACGGGCCGAAUUCUGCACCUGCUCCGGGUUUCGAACCGGACAAGGUAUACGAGAUCGACUAAGAUACCCGAAUCGAACCAAUGCAUGGUGACACUCUUUAAUUUAAACGUAGGUAAUUCGUCGACCUUGUCGAUAUUUCCUUUGGACUAAAGUUACAAAGAUGGUUUAUCCUAUUCUAAUUACCAUUACCAACUACCCAUAACCGAGCGCAUAAGAUUAUACUUUCUAUCAACUCAGUUAAGUUCAAAACUGUCCUAAUUAAUGUGUAGACUUAAAUUAGAUGCAAGCAAAAACCAAUUACAUAAAGCGUAUGAUUUAAACACAUAUUUACACAAUAUAGACCAUGGCUAUAUACAUACAUAAUGCUAAUCCGGCUAGGAGACGCAGGAAAUUAAUUAACACGCGGCAAGAUAACAAAAAUAAAUGGCACAGAUAUUAUGAAUAAAUGCGUAACAAUUUUCUCCUCAA